CGGGAGCAGCUGCUAAUGAGGGGCUGUGGGCCUGAUGACAUCAUGGACCCCAGGAGCUUAGCCGAAGCCCAGGAGAACCAGGAGGGAGGCCAAAAACAGCUGUCCCUACAAAAAGUGACACUUCACCUGCGACCAGGUAGGGCAGCCUCAGUGGGCUUUGGGUCCAUGGUAAACAAGACCUUCAGGCACGUGCUGAAGCUGACUGACAACGCCAGCCAGUUCCAGACCGAGGUCGGGAAGCAGCUCAUCUCUGGAAACCUGGACGCCCCUGAGGGUGGGCUGGACGCCAUGAUGCAGGUCGCGGCCUGCCCGGUAAGGCUGCUGCCCCUUCAUGGGUCUGCAGUUUCCCCGACGUGGGUGCUUCCAUCAAGUGCUGCAGGGCCACCCACACUAGCCAGAGCUGUGGCAAGCUGUGUUGAGGACAGUGGGGCCAUUUCACACUGGUGGGAGCCUGGGGCAGAGGCUCCUGUGGCACCAGGUUCUAGCUGGACCGUGCCUGGUCUUGCCCAACAGAAACUCACGGAGAUCAUCCCCAAGUCGGCUGUCGGGGAGCUGUCCGAGGACUCCGGCAACGUGGUCCAGCUCAUCAAGAACGCCUACAAUGUCAGCGCUGUGGGUAGAGCUCAGACCCCUGCCACCCCCAGGUGCGACGAUGGCUACAUCGGGAAAAGCUGUGAGUGCCAGACGCAGGGCCGGAGCAGCCAGGAGCUGGAAGGAAGCUGCCGGAAGGACAACAGCUCCAUCGUCUGCUCGGGGCUGGGCGACUGCAUCUGCGGGCAGUGCGUGUGCCACACCAGCGACGCCCCCAACAAGCAGAUCUAUGGGCGGUACUGCGAGUGCGACAACUUCAACUGCGAGCGCUACGACGGCCAAGUCUGCGGAGGCCCGAAGAGGGGGCUCUGCUUCUGUGGCACGUGCAGCUGCCAGACCGGCUACGAGGGCUCGGCCUGCCAGUGUCAGAGUUCCACUGAGGGCUGCCUUAACCAGUGGGGCAAGGAGUGCAGUGGCCGGGGCCGGUGCCGCUGCAACGCGUGCGAGUGCUACCCGGGCUACCAGCCGCCACUGUGCCAGGAGUGCCAGGGCUGCAACUUCUGCCGCAACUACAUCUUCUGUGCAGAGGGCCUGCAGUUCAACAAGGGCCCCUUCGAGAAGAACUGCAGCGCAGCGUGCAGGGGGCUACAGCUGCAGAAGGAGCCCCUGAGCUGGAGAAGGUGCAAGGAGCAGGAAUCGGAGGGCUGCUGGAUGACCUACACAAUGAAGCAGCUCGACGGGUGGGAACAGUACCACAUCCACGUGGAGAAAACACGAGAUUGUGUGGCCGCCGUGGUAGGGAUCAUUGUAGGGAUCAUCGUGGGGAUGGUUGUGUUCAUCGGUGUCCUGCUGCUGGUCAUCUGGAAGGCCCUGCCCCACUUGAGUGACCUCCAAAAGCAUAAGGACUUCAAGGAGAAACUCAAGUCCCAGUGGAACAACGAUAACCCCCUUUUCAAGAGUGCCACCACGACAGUCAUGAACCCUAAGUUUGCCGAGAGUUAGGAGCCAAUCAGCAGGACCUCCACCACCACAUCUCCCCCGUCACACAACCAAGACGCUUACAGCUGUAGACGGCAGCACCAAUUAACCAAAAAUCCACUGCUUUUUCUGUUCUCAACCUGACAGAUAAAGGCAGGU